GUGUCUCCCAGAGCCAAUUUACACUUCAUUGUAGACUUUGUUUUCAGUUUCAAUAGUAAGGCAUUUUUAUAUCGGGAAACUGUUCAUACACGACCGUGCCACUUUGCCUAAAGAGUAACUUAGGCUAACAUGACAAAACUCCUGUUUGCUCACAGCGUUGUUAAAUCUCUGAGACAAGGGUGUGCUGUUGGCCGAAGAGUGGGAAACACUUCGGGAUGGCUGAGACUUCAAACUGCUAAACUUUUUAGUGUGAAGGCCCAGACAGCCCACCUGGUCUUGGAGGAUGGCACCAGGAUGAAAGGAUUUUCCUUUGGGCAUGAUACGUCUGUAGCCGGGGAACUCGUCUUCAAUACUGGCUUAGUGGGGUAUCCUGAGGCCCUGACUGACCCCAGCUACAGAGGUCAGAUCCUGACCCUCACCUACCCUAUUGUGGGAAACUACGGGGUACCCAACAGCCAGGAACUGGACGAACUGGGCCUGAGGAAACAUUUGGAGUCCGAGCGCAUUCAGGUGUCUGGUCUUCUUGUUCAAGACUACAGUUAUGAAUACAGCCACUGGAACUCUGUCAAGUCUCUGGGACAAUGGCUGCAAGAAGAGAAGGUCCCUGCCCUGUUUGGAAUAGACACCAGAAUGCUGACCAAGAUAAUCAGAGAUAAGGGCACAGCUUUGGGGAAGAUUGAAUUUGAUGGGCAACCUGUGGAGAUAUCUGACCCCAACCAGAGGAACCUGGUAGCAGAGGUCUCCACCAAGGAAACAAAAAUCUUUGGAAAAGGAAACCCAAUCAAAGUGGUUGCUGUUGAUUGCGGCAUCAAACAUAACAUCAUACGCCUGUUGGUUAAGAGGGGUGCAGAGGUCCACCUCGUCCCGUGGGAUCAGGACUUGCUGAGUCUGGACUACGACGGGCUUUUCAUCUCCAAUGGACCAGGAGAUCCAUCUCUGGCCAACACACUCAUUAACAACGUCCGCAAGGUGCUGGAGAGUGAUCGUCCCCAGCCAGUGUUCGGGAUCUGUAUGGGCAACCAGAUCACUGCCCUGGCUGCUGGAGCUCAGUCAUAUAAGCUUCCUAUGGGCAACAGAGGCCAGAACCAGCCGGUGCUGAAUGUGAUGACGGGUCAGGCCUUCAUCACGGCGCAGAACCACGGCUACGGCAUAGACAGCACAUCUCUGCCCCCAGGGUGGAGCCCGCUGUUUGUCAAUGCCAAUGAUGGCACCAAUGAGGGCAUUAUGCACAACACUAAGCCUGUUUUCACGGCCCAGUUUCACCCCGAGGCAAAAGGCGGUCCCACCGACACAGAGUUCCUCUUUGAUGCCUUCCUCUCCCUGAUCAAGAAAGGAAAAGAUGCUAAUAUAGUUUCUGUCAUGCCUACGAAACCUGACAUACCUCCCAGAGCCAAGGUGUCAAAGGUGCUGAUACUGGGCUCCGGUGGUCUGUCUAUCGGUCAGGCUGGAGAGUUUGACUACUCUGGAUCUCAGGCCAUCAAGGCCAUGAAGGAGGAAAACCUGAAGACAGUGCUCAUGAACCCAAACAUAGCCUCGGUCCAGACCAAUGAAGUGGGCACCAAGCAGGCGGACUCAGUCUACUUCCUGCCCGUCACGCCACAGUUUGUAACUGAAGUCAUCAAGGCUGAGCGUCCAGAUGGCAUCCUGCUGUCCAUGGGUGGACAGACUGCACUGAACUGCGGAGUUGAAUUGUUCCAGAGUGGGGUCCUGGAAAAAUAUGGUGUGAAGGUCCUAGGAACCCCGGUGGAGUCCAUCAUGGCCACAGAGGACAGGCAGCUUUUCUCAGACAAACUGACGGAGAUUAAUGAAAAGAUCGCCCCCAGUUUCGCUGUGGAGUCGGUAUCUGAAGCCUUGAAAGCAGCAGAGAAGAUUGGCUACCCGGUGAUGCUACGAUCGGCGUAUGCCCUUGGAGGUCUGGGUUCUGGUCUGUGUGCCAACAAAGAGAUGCUGGAGGAAACUGCCCACAAGGCUCUGGCCAUGAGUAGUCAGAUCCUGGUGGAGAAGUCUCUGAUGGGCUGGAAAGAGGUGGAGUACGAGGUGGUGAGAGACGUGGCAAAUAACUGCGUCACCGUCUGCAAUAUGGAGAACUUCGACCCGCUGGGCAUCCACACAGGUGAUUCCAUAGUAGUGGCACCGAGCCAGACACUGUCCAACGAGGAGUACCACAUGCUCCGUGAAACGGCCAUUAAAGUGGUUCGUCACCUCGGCAUUAUCGGCGAGUGCAACAUCCAGUAUGCCCUACACCCCUCCUCUCUGGAGUACUGCAUCAUCGAGGUCAACGCCCGGCUCUCCAGGAGCUCCGCUCUGGCAUCCAAAGCUACCGGGUAUCCCCUGGCAUUUGUUGCUGCUAAACUGGCUUUGGGUAUCCCCCUACCGGAGAUCAAGAAUGCUGUAUCAGAGAAGACCACAGCGUGUUUUGAACCCAGUCUGGACUACAUCGUCACCAAGAUCCCCCGCUGGGACCUGGACCGCUUUCAGGGCAUGUCCCAUGAAAUAGGCAGUGCCAUGAAGAGUGUCGGAGAGGUGAUGGCGGUUGGUCGGACCUUUGAGGAGAGUAUGCAGAAGGCCCUGAGGAUGUGUCAUCCAUCAGUGGAUGGCUUUGUGCCCCGACUCCCACACAAGAAAGCCUGGGCCGACACCCAGGACCUGCAGCAGGAACUGUCUGUGCCCUCCAUCACCCGCAUCUUCUCCCUCGCCAAGGCCCUCCACAGUGGUAUGAGUAUUGAUGAGAUCCACCAGCUGACUGCCAUAGACAAGUGGUUCCUCCACAAACUCUACAGGAUAACACAGUUGGAGCAGCACCUGGAUAACUACAACAGUGCAACAAUAUCCAAGGCGCUGCUGCUGAAGGCCAAGCAGGACGGCUUCUCAGACCAGCAAGUGGGUCAGAUGCUGGGCUGCAGUGAGAGAGCAGCUCGAGAGCUGAGGCUGGCUCACGGCAUCCGACCCUGGGUCAAACAGAUUGACACCUUGGCUGCAGAGUAUCCAGCAAUGACCAACUACCUGUAUUGUACCUACAAUGGCCAGGAAAAUGAUCUGGACUUUAAAGACCAGGGAAUCAUGGUUCUUGGCUGUGGGCCCUAUCACAUUGGGAGCAGUGUUGAGUUCGACUGGUGCGCCGUGUCCAGCAUCAGAGCUCUGAGGCAGAUGGGAAAGAAAACGGUAGUCGUCAACCACAACCCCGAGACGGUCAGCACCGACUUUGACGAGUGUGACCGGCUUUACUUUGAGGAGCUGACUCUGGAACGCAUCCUGGACAUCACAGAACAGGAGGGUUGCUCUGGCAGCAUCGUGUCAGUCGGGGGCCAGAUCCCCAACAACUUGGCUGUCCCACUGCACCUCAGUGGGGUGAAGAUCCUGGGGACGAGCCCCCUGCAGAUCGACCGCGCCGAGGAACGCUCCGUCUUCUCCCAAAUACUCGAUGACCUCAAGGUGGCCCAAGCUCCAUGGAGGGCCCUCAGCUCCCUGGAAGAUGCCUUUGCCUUCGCCAACGAGGUGGGCUAUCCCUGUCUGCUGCGGCCCUCCUAUGUUCUCAGUGGCUCAGCGAUGAACGUUGUGUACGGAGAGGAGGAGAUGAAACGUUUCUUGGAGGAAGCCACUCAGGUGUCCCAGGAGCAUCCAGUGGUCAUCACCAAAUUCAUCCGUGGUGCCAGGGAGGUAGAGGUGGACGCUGUAGCCAGAGACGGAAAGGUUCUGGUCCAUGCCAUAACAGAGCAUGUGGAGGAUGCGGGGGUUCACUCAGGAGAUGCUACUCUGAUGCUACCAACUCAGACUGUUAGCCAGGGGGCGCUAGAAAAGGUUAAGGUUGCUACCCAGAAAAUCGCGCAAGCAUUUGAAAUUUCGGGUCCCUUCAACACUCAGUUCCUGGUGAAAGGCAAUGAUGUCAUGGUGAUUGAGUGUAACCUGCGGGCGUCGCGCUCCUUCCCUUUUGUAUCAAAAACAAUCGGCGUAGACUUUAUCAAUGUGGCAACCAAAGUGAUGGUGGGGGAGCCUUUAGAUGAGGCCAGCUUGCCCUCACUGGACAGACCCAUCAUCCCUCUAGACUAUGUUGGCAUCAAGGCACCCAUGUUCUCUUGGCCGCGGCUGAGGGAGGCAGACCCAGUCCUUCGCUGUGAGAUGGCCUCCACUGGAGAAGUAGCUUGUUUUGGACCAAACAUUUAUUCAGCCUUCCUGAAGGCUAUGCUCUCAACAGGAUUCAAGCUUCCGCAGAAGGGCAUCCUGAUUGGGAUUCAGUAUUCGUUCCGACCUAACUUCCUGGCUACGGCGCACCAGUUGAAAGAGGAAGGAUUCAAGCUCUACGCUACUGAAGCCACCUCUGCCUGGUUGACUGCUAACGAUGUGCCUGCCACGCCCGUCGCCUGGCCCUCUGAGGAGGGGGCAGACAAAAGUUUGCCCAGUAUUAAGAGUCUCAUCAGCGAGGGUCUUAUUGAUUUGGUGGUCAACCUACCCAAUAACAACACUCGCCUCGUGAAGGACAACUUCAUCAUCCGCAGAAUGGCCAUCGACCACGGCGUCCCCCUCAUCACCAAUUAUCAGGUGGUGAAGCUGUUUGCAGAGGCCAUCCAUUCUGCGGGCCAGCUGGACAGUAACAGCCUGUUCCACUACCGGCAGAAAGAAAGCCAGCAGAGAGUGGCUAACAAGCAGAGCUAACUUCCUCCUUUUCCCCGUUGGUUUGUAAAACAGCAGUAUUAUUUAGGAGUUGAUGCUCAUAAAACAGUUUCUUUAAUUCCUUCUCUUUUACCAUCUGAUGGUAGCAAGACAGAGUAGGAGUUUAAAUCUGUCAGACCAAAACACAACCCUUUGUUUUAUAUGUUCUUUUUUUAUUUCCUACCAUUUACGUCAACGAUUGAGUUUACUAAUGCUUUACAGGUCGGAUCCUCAUAUAAACUAACCACUCUAUGGUUGUGAAAAAACAAAUAUCCUUGGUCUUUAUCCUCAAGCAGGUAACCUAUUUAUUUUAAUAACUUAAAACAAUAAUUCAAAUAUGGUAUUGUAAAUAUGAAUAAACUGUUAGCUCAGAGAGGGUCAGAGUUCAACUUCCUGAACAAAUAGGAAACAAAAAAGAGGAGGAUUAACACCAGGCAUUUCUCACAGCCUGACAAUCUUAUUUAUGGCUAAUAAGUGAGCUUUAAAGCAUUGAAUGAUUCAUUAUUAUUUGUCAAAUAAAACCCCUGAACUAUUGUAACAGGUAACCAGUACAUUUGUUUUUUAAUAGCAAUGAUUUGUCCAGAUUGUAUUCUCAUUCAUACAUUUUGUUAACUUCCAAUGAUGAAUGCAACGUAUUAUAUAGUAAAGAUGCACUAUAUGCAUAACCUUCAAUAAAUAAAGAAGCUGUAAUGAAGGUAAUUUCUGAUCAGAACGAACGUUUAUCUUUUAAAUUGCUUGAGCCUCAAAGCUUUAAAGUUUUAAGUUAAUGACAACUGAUCCGUUAAUAUAUUAUUUUUGUAUAUACUUGAAGCGGUAUUAUGUUAUAAACUGCUUUAUAUUUUAAAAUGUCAUAUAAAUGCAUUUAACUUAAGCGAUAAUCCCCCGCUGUUACAUGUUUUUGUUCAUGUAUGUGUUGUAUAAGAAUCCACUGAAACACAAUGAAGAUGUCUCCCGUU